AUGUUACUAUUUUUUAUAUUAAUUUUAUUAACUGCACAUACUUAUCCCCUUGUAUUACGAAACAUAGAAUUAAGUGACAACGAAACAGUCGUAAAUUUAGUGAUAAACGCGUCUAACCCUUGCGGAUUGGCAUUAUGUUACAAUCCAAAUAUUGAUAAUCAAGAAGGAUGGAAACCUAUGAUACACUACGAUGUGGAGGUAGGAGAAGUAGCUGUAGAGCUACCCAAAACGGGAUGUUAUGAUUUAUACUAUACAUUUAGACUUGUUACGAAUGAGUACAUUACAUUCUGCCAGCCUUUUAAUUACACAAAGAAGGGUUACAAAGUGUUAAAUAAAGAUUACAAAGACAAACUAUCACAGAAAUUUAGCAAGAAAAAAAAGAAGCUUAAAAAGAAAAACGAUAAUGAUUUAUUAAUAGAAUGGCUUGGAAUGGUUUUUGUUGUAUUUAUUAUUUUAUGCCUAGUGACAAUAUUUACAUCAGGCGUAGGGCAGCUUUAA